AUGUCCGUCCCCGCCUUUCUCGCUCUCAUCUGUGUCCUGCGACACCUGCAGCCCACCCUCACCGACGACGAGCGCCGGAACCUCCUGCAUUUCUCCAUCGUCCGCACGCGGCUGAGGGGCGGGGCGUUGCAGGGACGGAUGUAUGUGAAGGAGGAGGCCGCGGACGUCGACAAGGACGCCAAGACGCGCAGCCUGCUGACAGACCAGCACCUGAACGUGCGCAUGAAAGACACGGGCGCGCUUAACCCGGACGUCUGGGCGAUCGGCGACGCAGCAUUCAUCAACGGCGCCCUCCCUCACUCUGUAGUAAUCUUCACGCCAGUAGCAAGCCAGAACGCACGAUACACCGCCCGCCGCCUGAACGCGCCCGCACUCCACCCCGGCGCGGCGCCGUUCCGCUUCCGCGACGCGGGCAGCCUGGCGUACCGGGGCGGCUGCGAGGCGCUGUACGACCGCUCGCGCGCGCCGCGCGCCUGCCAGUAUCCGGGUACCUGCGCCAGCUCCUCCUCUGGCUACGAAACUGAAGCGAGGCGAUCCUCAAGGCGGUGUAGCUACUCUGCUUCAGGAUAUCCUACUUAUCUGACCCGGGAUGUGGUUCUUGAGGUGAUCGAUAUUCGACUCGGUGUCACCCGUUUCAUUCAGUUCGUUAUUCGUCCGCCCAUUGUUGACGUGGCGAUCAUAUAUUUCAUAGCUCGAGAGCGUGCAGCACCGAUGGUGCUGUCACGACAAGUACCAUUCCUCGUGUGA